CCACUCCCAUUCCCUCGCCCGAGAAAAAAAAAUGACGUCAUCUCCCGCUACCCGACUCUUUGCCACCCGCCAAGCGCCUGGGCGUCUCAUCUACAAGCUCUACUUCGCCGUGUUCGUCGCCGGAAUAUUGUCUCUCUUCUACUACCGUCUGACACACAUCCCCAAAGACCACCGCCUUCUCUGGCUCUUCAUAUUCCUCGCCGAAUUCUGGUUUGCAGCCGUAUGGCUCUUCCAACAGGGCUUCAGGUGGGCCCCCACAUUCCACAUCACCUACCCCGAUCGACUGCCGGAAUCUCUCCCGAAGGUCGACGUGAUGGUUUGCACUGCUGAUCCCGUUAGAGAGCCACCAUCACUCGUCGCCAACACACUCCUAUCUCUCAUGGCCUAUGACUACGACGUGGACAAGUUAGCCUACUAUCUAUCAGACGAUGGUGGGUCAGAGCUGACGUUCCAUGCAGCGUAUCAGGCCUCCAUCUUCUCAAAGCAUUGGUUACCUUUCUGUCGCAAGUAUAACGUUGAGCCGCGGGCCCCUCAGCAAUACUUCUCGUUGGAGAAUUCCAUCGCCGGCGGGAGUCGGAAUUUCCAGAUGGACUAUAGCUCAGUAAAGAAAAAAUUUGAAGAAAUGCAAGAGAAAAUAGAGAAAGCGGGAAGAAAUCAGCACGUAGAAAAGGAGACACGUAAGCAGCACAAGGGCUUUGCUGAGUGGGAAUCUAAGGUCCACCCACGGGACCACCCAUCCAUCAUAGAGGUUUUGCUACGUGGGAAUGGAGAAGAUGUUGAUGCGGACGGUAACAACAUGCCGACGCUCGUAUAUGUAUCGCGAGAGAAACGACCAGGCCAUCCACAUCAUUACAAGGCUGGUGCCCUCAAUGCUAUGAAUCGGGUGUCGAAUUUGAUAAGCAAUGCACCUUUCAUUCUCAAUGUCGACUGCGACAUGCACUCGAAUAAUGCACAAGCCCUUCGUCAUGCCAUGUGUUUCAUGCUGGACCCUAAGGAGAGCCACCGAAUCGGGUAUGUCCAGUUCCCUCAGAGCUUUGGAGGAUUGACUAAAAACGACUUGUAUGCCAAUGGGGUCAAGAGGAUUUAUGAGAUUGAAUUUUUCGGUGCAAAUGCACACAACGGUCCCAUGUAUGCUGGCACUGGCUCAAUUCACCGGCGUGAGUCUCUCAACGGAAGGAAAUUUACACCUGAUUACCGGCCUAAUUUGGAAGAGAAACCAGCUGGAGGUAAUGAGAGCUGGAGAGAGUUGGAAGCAAAGGCCAAGGCUCUAUCAAGUUGCACUUACGAGAAUGGCAAACCAUGGGGCAAGGAUAUGGGAUUGAUGUAUGGAUGCGCUGUAGAGGAUGUGUUCACAGGCGUGGUUUUGCAGUCAAGGGGUUGGCAAUCAGUUUUCUGCAGCCCAAAGAGGACAGCUUACUUGGGUUUUCCCCCAGUUAACACCAACGACACCCUCAUUCAACACAAGAGAUGGUCGACUGGCUUGCUUGAGAUCUUCCUUUCCGACUACUGCCCUUGGACACAUGGUGUUGGACGCUUGAAGCUUGGCCAGAUCAUGUGCUACAGUUUUUACACCCUCUGGGCCCUCUGGUGUCUGCCCAUGGUCUGUUAUGCACUCUUUCUCCCUUUGGCUGCUGCCAAUGACAUCCCAAUCUUCCCUAAGGCCUCUGAUCCAUGGUUCAAGGUGUUUGCUUUCUUGGGCAUUGCUUCCCACAUCUUCAGUCUGGGUGAAUUGAUUUUGGCUAAAGGAACAAUGAAGAUGUGGUGGAAUGAGACUCGAAUGUGGAUGAUGAAAGGUUCUUCUUCCUACCUUUUUUCGGUUAUGGUCAUAAUCUUAAAAUAUCUCGGCAUUUCGGAGGCCGGUUUUGAGAUUACUAGCAAAGUCAUCGACGAAGAAGCACUGAAGAGGUACAAGAAAGAAUUGAUGGAAUUCGCGGUUGCCUCCCCCAUGUUCAUUCCCCCAACAACACUCUCUCUACUCAACCUCUUCUAUUUCCUCAAGGCAAUGAUGAUUAUGGUCACAACAGGCGGAUGGGCUAUCUUCGAUCAUAUGGCCCUACAGAUUAUUAUCUCAGGUUAUAUAAGCUUAAUUAGUGUGCCGUUAUAUGAAGCCAUGUUCUUCAGGAAGGAUAAAGGUCGGAUGCCGACGUCUAUAACUAUAUAUUCGAUGGGGCUGGCACUUGCUCUGUUAUCUCUAUUUUCACCUUUCAUAUGAUGAAUUUCUAAUUGUAUUUUGCGGGCCUGGAUGUACUUGUAAAUGUUUUGCGGAAUGCUGGUUUUCUUUCAUCAUAAUCUAGUAUAUUACUUUCUCAAUGUACUACUGUGUCAUGAUUUUGAGCAAGAAGGAAUAUCAGAAGAUCCUAAAAUUAUUGUAACAUUAGUGAUUUCACUGAGGACUUGAGUGAUUCUCAACCUUUGGUUUAUCUAAGUCACUUCGUUUCUUUUUGUCCAA